AUGCCUAGCCUCGUUGGAGUUCCGCCCCGGGGCGCCCUGGACCUUCCCUAUCCCUCGAGACCACCGGAUCCGGAUCCCACCGACGAGAGCCCUCCAUUCCCGACCUCUGUGGUCCCUGUCGUCGCCUUGUCGUCGGAGUUCCCGCCAGCGGCGGCGGAUGGGGAACUGCCUCCCUGCGUUGGGGCAGAGGAGAACGGGAACCCCAGUGUGCUCGUGGCCGAGGAGCGAGCCGCCUCCCUGGUCCGCGCCGGCCUCCAGCCAGGCCUCACCUUGGCCCAGGAGCUCCUCGGCCCAGCUCCGCCCUCUCCUCCAGCCGACCCAAGAGGCCAAGACCCUAUAUGUUUUCUUUGGCUGGUGUCGUCGCUGCUGCAGUUCCUGGGCGACCGGGCCAGGUCCUUCGUCGAUGACCUCGCGCGCUACCUCCCGGGAGGAGCGGGGGACGCGCGCGCCGACCUCGCACGCCUCUUCGACGAGCUCCUCCGCCUCAAGGUGACUGCCGCCGACGUCGAGCACACCCGGCGCCGCCCCUCCGACCCCACCCUCGCCGCCUGGAUCCACCGCCUCAGGGACGCGGCCCACGACGCCGACGACCUCCUCGACGACAGCGAGGCGGGAGGUGCACGCGGAGGCGGCAGGCUGGGUCAAGCAUCGGGGUCUUCUCUCGAUCUAUCUGCGCGCUUCUACGCGGGGGACGAGGCGGCGCUGGCGGUGGCCAAGACGCUCAGCAUGUCCGGCAACGACUUCACCGUCACGGACGCCGCCACGGGCGCCCUGCUGCUGCGCGUCGACGGCGUCCUCUUCAGCCUCCGUCGCCGCUGCCUCCUCGCCGACGCCCACCGCUGCCCCGUCCUCACCGUCCAAGAAUCGGCGCUGGUGAUGAACACGCGGUGGAAGGUGUACCGCGGGGACAGCACGAGCCGGCGGGACCUGCUCUUCAUGGUGGUGAAGCCGUCGGUGAUCCAGCUACGGUGGUCCACCAAGGUCAGCGUCUUCCUCGCCAGCAACGACGCCGAGCAGGCCCCGGACUUCCGGAUCACCGGCAGCUACCACGACGGUGCCUGCUCCGUCUCCCUCGGCGAAUCCGACACCCUCAUCGCCAGGAUCGUCCGCCGCUCCACCGUGGUCAGCGCGCUGCUGGGCAAGAACGCCUACAGCGUCACCGUCAACGCCGGCAUCGACUACGCCUUCAUCGUCGCGCUCGCCGUCGUCCUCGACGAGAUGCACUACCAAUGACACACAGCUCAAGUCUCCUCCUAUUACCGCGGGUGAUUCCUACGAAUUGUCGUGUGUGUCAAUGCUUUGGGCAGGGGAAUCACCAAUGCUCUGCUUUUGAGUUGAUACAUGUGUCAGUGUGACGAUGUGAAACAGAGAUUUUGAUCCGAUUCAGGAAUGUUCAAAGAGAAAAUUGAUAAUAUGACACACGUUUCUUGGAA